UGAAAAACAUAAAGCAGUUUUUAUUUUUUUGGCAAAAUAACAAUAAAAUGGCAAUGGCUGUUUUCCAACUGGAUAUCCGACCCGCCACCAGAAUUGCCGGUGUCGCAGCCCUCUAUCACCUCAAGAACUCUGCUCCAUCCGACCCGAGACCUAACAUCUUACGGAUCGGUUCAUCAGCUAGGAAUAUAACAAGACCAGGAAAAGGGUUGGCUGUGACGAAAAAUGCAGAGAAGAACAACAAGAAGCCUGAUGCAUGUACGGCAGAUGAGCUCCACUAUGUCACCGUUUCUGAUUCUGAAUGGAAACUCGCUCUAUGGCGUUACUUACCCUCUCCAAAGGCAAAGCCAAGGAACCAUCCGCUGCUGCUGUUAUCUGGGGUUGGAACUAAUGCUAUUGGAUAUGAUCUCUCUCCUGAGUCAUCAUUUGCUCGCUCCAUGUCUAAUCAAGGAUUUGAUACAUGGACUCUUGAAGUUAGAGGAACUGGUUUGAGUGCAUUGGUGGGUGACCAUGGGGAAGAUUCUGAGGUUUCUUCGGUUGAAGGGGAAAUAACAGAAAUUGUAUCUAAAUCCAAGAAAUCACAAUCAAAGUUGUCGGAAACUCUUGUGCGCUUAUCUGAAAGGUUCUUGGGAUACUUUGAUGAAGGGAGAAACUCUGUCAUUGCAUGCCAAAUUAGGGAUUUAAGUCAAAAGCUUGUGAAUAUUAUUGAAGGCCAGCGAUCAGUUGCACCACAGAUUUUCGGCUUCUCAGAGAACUUUUCAACUGCACUAGAAAAAUUCCUGAAACAACUUGAUCUCAUUGAGAAGUAUGAUUGGGACUUUGAUCACUACCUGAAAGAUGAUUUGCCAGCUGUGAUUGGGUACAUAAGGACUGAAUGCAGACCAAAGGAUGGCAAGUUGCAUGCAAUCGGGCACUCCAUGGGCGGUAUUCUGCUAUAUGCACUGCUGUCACGAUGUUGUUUUCAAGGAAUGGAUUCGGGGUUGGCAUCAGUCGUUACUUUGGGAUCAUCACUUGACUACACGUCUUCAAAAUCAUCACUCAAAUUGCUUUUACCUGUGGCAGACCCUGCAAAGGCAGUUAAUGUUCCUGUUAUUCCACUUGGAGUAUUACUUUCUGCUGUUCACACUUUCGCAUCUCGUCCUCCUUAUGUAUUGUCUUGGUUAAAUCAUCAAAUUUCUGCUCCUGGCAUGAUGCAUCCUGAGUUGCUUGAAAAACUUGUUUUGAACAACUUCUGCACAGUACCAGCAAAGCUUCUAUUGCAGCUGACAACAGCAUUUGAAGAAGGUGGAUUACGAGACCGUAGUGGAUCUUUCCUAUACAAGGAUCAUCUAGGCGAAACUAAUGUCCCUGUGUUAGCAAUUGCAGGGGAUCAAGAUCUCAUCUGUCCUCCAGAAGCUGUAUAUGAAACAGUGAAGGUCAUUCCAAAGCAUUUGGUUACUUACAGAGUUUUUGGAGAGCCAAGUGGUCCGCAUUAUGCUCACUAUGAUCUAGUGGGAGGAGGCCGUCUGGUACGAGUUAAUCUUAUACUUCUUUUUGGAGGUUCUGGUAUUACCUGCUUUUUGAGAAUUAAUAAGAAGGUUAUACGUGUUAUAUCAUAUGACAUUCCAUACUUGUAUCUGUAAAUCCUAUGUCAUGACGAGUGCUUAGCAGUUUUCUUCUUUUUCCACAGGCUGUAAGUCAAGUGUAUCCUUGCAUAAUCAAUUUCCUCAUUCAACAUGACAUAUAACUUAAUUUCCGCAAAACAUUAUUUAGAUUUUUCCUACAUGAAAUCAUCUAUCCGAUAAGCAAGAGGCAAGCUGAUGAAGAAUCUCCAGCAAGUCUCAACAAAAUCAGAGGACAUACUAUAGCAGAUAGUAUACCUGAAUUCAAGCUACUAUAUCUGAAUAUCAUAUAUGUAUAUUUAUAAUUUACUUACAAGAAAUAGCAGAUGUGACCGCACGAGUAAUCGAGUGAACGUGCAUGCUGAAAGGAACUAUCAAAGAGGUGUGUUUUUAUUUGUACAAUUGCAUGUUGUAGUUGUAUAUAGAUAAGAUGUGUAGGUGACAGGUAUCUAAUGAAGAAAUGCUAAUAAAUACCGACAUAUUUUCUUCGCCCGUUAUCAA